AUGCAGGUUAGAAUCAGCAAACCCGCUUAUUAUUCGGCCGGCCCAAGCAACAGCAGCGGCGCUUUGCAGGGCGAGGCCAAGCUCGCCGACGCCAACACUAUCAAGGGUUCCAGUGGCUACCUGAAACACCUUAGUAACCUGGGCGACAUCAUGAACUUCGCUUCAGGCUGCUCCAGUGAUGCUUGGGAAUUCCUCGUCCUACCUGGCGGAAAGACCUACAGUCUCGACGCUAAGAAGAGCGGCAACUCUCUCGGUCCCAUUCGUGUCUCUUACAAUGAGGGCCUCCAAUUCUGGGGCAUUGAAGCCGAGGGGACGGCUAACGGUAGGGGCGACCCUUACUACUGCGCUCUCAAGCCCAUGAGCCAGGGAGAGAGAAAGGGAAAGGGAAAAGUCAGGCUUGAACAAAGUAUUCGCAGUGAAGGCUCAGAUUCGGCUGCCUUCAUCAGCAACGAUUCCUCGAUGGCGGGGGUCUACGUCUUCACCUAA